AUGGACUUCACAGCAGCUCUUUUCAUCCUCAUCCUCACGAGAUAUAUGGUUUGCUCCACACAUCCAGAAUGUUCCAUCGUCCGUCACCUGCAGAAGAAAGAGCACGAGUGUGAAGUAAAAAUGACGACUGCAGCCGUGGCAUCACUCAGUCCCAGCAGCAGGAACCAAACUGCAGGUUGUCUGAUGGAGUGGGACGGAGUGAGUUGUUGGCCGCCUGCUUCUGCAGGAGAGAUGGUCUCUGUGCACUGUCCUCUGCCACUGAUGAAAUCUCAAAAUCCUCCAGUUCUCAUCAUGAGGAAGUGUACUGUGCGAGGAUGGAGUAAACCCAGUUUGUCCUAUUACAAAGCCUGUUACCAUGACGUCGCUGAGGGAGAUGAAGACAUAAGCAAAGAGAAAAAUUACUUUGACACUGUGAAGUUGCUCUACAGCGUUGGUUAUGGCGUUUCUCUGGCUGCUCUCGCUGUCGCCGUGCUCAUUUUCUGCUGCCUCAGGAAACUGCUCUGUACGCGAAACUGCAUCCACCUCAACCUGUUUGUGAGCUUCAUGCUGCGGAGUCUGGCUGUGUUCAUCAAAGACGCCGUGCUGUUUGCAGACAAGAGCACGGACCACUGCACUGUGUCCACACUGCAGUGUAAAGCAGCCGUGACCUUCUUCCACUUCUGUGUCCUGUCUAAUUUCUCCUGGCUGCUGGUGGAGGGUUUGUACCUGCAGAGUUUGCUGCUCUUCACUUUCACACAGACCACGACGCUCUUCUGGAUCUACGCCAGUGUCGGCUGGGGUGUCCCAACAGUCACCACUUUAGCCUGGACCUUUCUGAAGAAGCAGCUCGAUGAUGAGGGGUGUUGGGACAACCUGGACAGCAGCUUUUGGUGGAUAAUAAAGAUUCCUAUCCUGCUUUCUAUAUUUAUAAACUUCUUAAUCUUCCUGAACAUCAGCAGGAUCAUCAUUCAGAAAACCAAAGCUACACAUGUGAACCAAAGUGAGACACAGCUGUUCAGGCGUCUCCUUCACUCCACUCUCCUCCUCAUCCCUCUGUUUGGGGUUCAUUAUGUGGUGUUCGCUCUGUUCCCGGAGCACGUUGGCGUGGAACCUCGACUCUACCUGGAGUUAGUUUUCGGCUCCUUCCAGGGAUUUAUUGUCAGUGUGAUGUACUGCUUUCUCAAUGGAGAGGUCCAACAUGAAAUCCAGAGGUUGAUGAAAAGCUGCCGCCCUGAGACGAACACUAAUGUCAUCAAUCUGCCGACUCAAGAAGACAUCCCUUAA